AUGUUCGCAAACAUGGUGUCCAAGUUGACAUCUUUACAGCAGGAGCUUUUAAGCGCCCUGUUAGACUCCGGAGUUACCCGAGAUGUUUUGAUCCAGGCGCUGGACGACAUGGAGCCGAGUCCGGCCAGCUACGGAGUUAAACUGGAGAACCUGCACAUGUCUCCGUCGGCGGCGAAGACAAACGGCAGCGACGUGGAGGCCAAGCCGGUAUUUCACACCCUGACCAACGGGCACAGUAAAGGAAAACUGUCGGGGGACGAAGGCUCGGAGGACGGAGAUGAUUACGACACGCCGCCGAUCCUGAAGGAGCUGCAGUCCCUCAACACCGAGGAGGCGGCCGAGCAGCGCGCAGAGGUGGACCGCAUGCUGGCAGAGGACCCGUGGCGCGCCGCGCGCAUGAUCAAGGCCUACAUGCAGCAGCACAACAUUCCGCAGCGCGAGGUGGUUGACGUCACCGGCCUCAACCAAUCACACCUGUCCCAACACCUGAACAAAGGCACGCCCAUGAAGACACAGAAGCGCGCGGCUCUUUAUACCUGGUACGUCAGGAAGCAGCGCGAGAUUUUGCGACAAUUCAACCAAGCAUCACAUGGGUCUGGCAGUAGUAUGACAGACAAAGGCAGUCAGGAUCAGGUGCUGCUUCUUUUCCCAGAGUUCAGUCAGUCUGGACCGAACAUGGGACAGCCUGGAGACGAUGCUGGCACUGAACCGGCCCUCAAGAAACUCAGACGUAAUCGCUUUAAGUGGGGGCCUGCGUCCCAGCAGAUCCUCUACCAGGCCUAUGAACGACAGAAGAACCCAAGUAAAGAAGAGCGGGAGGCUCUGGUAGAAGAAUGCAAUCGGGCAGAGUGUCUCCAGAGAGGUGUAUCACCAUCUAAAGCCCAAGGGCUUGGUACCAAUUUAGUUACAGAGGUGCGUGUUUACAACUGGUUCGCCAAUCGGCGCAAAGAGGAAGCCUUCAGACAGAAACUGGCUAUGGAUGCCUAUGGAGGGCAAAGUAUCAACCCCCUGCUCACACACAGCUCGCCACACCAUUCCCAGGCCAGCACCUCUCCACCCAGCAAGAUGCAAGCUGUCAGGUACAACCAGGGUCCCAGUGAAGUCAGCUCCUCCAGCACUAUCAAUCACCACAGCAUGACGAGUAGCCAAUCUGUAUUGCAGCAGGUCUCUCCUGCAGCACUGGACCCCAGCCACGGCCUGCUGUCACCUGACGCCAAGAUGAUCUCAGUAUCAGGUGGAGGUCUUCCACCGGUUAGCACCUUGACCAACAUCCACAGCUCCCACCAUGCUCACCAGCAAACACAGAACCUCAUUAUGCCCAUUUCUGGAGUCAUGGCCAUUGCACAGGGUCUGAGCACAUCACAGGCACAGACGGUGCCAGUAAUCAACAGUGUGGCAGGAAGCCUGGCUACCCUACAGCCCGUACAGUUCUCACAGCAGCUGCAUAGCUCUCACCAACAGAGCCUCAUGCAACAGUCCCACAGCCACAUGAGCCAACAGCCCUUCAUGGCCGCCGUUACACACUCACAUAUGUACCCACAUAAGCAGGAGCCACCACAGUAUUCCCACCCGUCACGCUUUCCGUCAGCCAUGGUAGUGACAGACAACAACAGCCUCAGCACCCUCAGCUCAAUGUCCUCCACCAAACAGGAUGCUCCUGUAAACAAGAUGGUUCAACUGGGGGGUCUCAACUGGUGUCCUCUGCAAGCCUGGUGAGCAUACCCACCUGACUUCCUCAAUGCCUAGCAACAGGAGCACAUUUCUCCGGCUCUUUACCUGCUGUAUCUGUAGCAACUCCUAAUCACUGGCAACAGUGCACUGGAAGAUGAACUGCUCACUAAUGUAAGGACUGAAAUAAAAAAGAGGAGAGCAUGUCAGAAAGGAGACUCUGGCUUGGUCGAAUCGUACCAUGGAAAGAUGAGAGGAUCACCUGGGAGUUACUACAGUCCAAUGUAGGAACACUGUUCAAUGAACAGUGUUUUGCUUCCAGCCACUAAAAAAAGAGGAUGAUUCUGAUGUCUUUUAGGAACAAAUGGAAAUGGUGUGCAGUGAUGGUGUUAAACUGGAAUGAUUUUACACAGUCACAGGGUUACCAAAUGCCAAAGGAUAACCAAUGCUCCAUUUCUUGCCAAGCCGACCCUUUAAUGGAGUCUUAGGAGGCUUCUUCUCAUCCUGUCCUUGGACUAUCAGUCUAACACCUGUCUUUCAUCAGUCAGCUCACCUAGAAAUAAAUGUUCUGUAAUCAAUUUGUGAAUGAAAUGACAAUCAGCUUUAUAUUAUUUUCAACAUAUGUGUCAGGUCUUUCUGGGGAGAACAUUACAGACUGAACAUGUUGGAUUUUCCUGCGUAUACAUAGCAGUGAGUCUUCCAUUUGCGUAGUUAAUAUGAGUCGUCAUGUUC